GCGCGCCUUCUGACGUCAUCACCGGGCGCCGCGGGCCCCCACCUCCUUCCACUUCGCGGGAGAAGUUGUUGGCGCGAAUGGAUCCCGAGUCCCCGUAACGGAUUCCCCAGCGGACAGGCCUGCGCGCCCGCGCCUGAGUCGGUGGGCUGCGAUGGAUAUUCGGAAAUUCUUUGGGGUUAUACCAAGUGGAAAGAAACCUGUAACUGAAACAGUAAAGAAGAAUGAGAAAACAAAGUCUGCUGAAGAAACUUUAAAAGCAAAGAAGGGAAUAAAGGAAAUCAAGGUAAAUAGUUCUUGUAAAGAAGAUGACUCUAAGCAGAAGCAACCAAACAAGAAAAAGAGGAUCAUCUAUGAUUCAGAUUCAGAAUCAGAGGAGACAGUGCCGGUAAAAAAUGCCAAAAAGCAACCAGAAAAAUUGCCAUUGUCCUCUAAACCUGGUAAAAUUCUACGCCAGGAUCCUGUUACAUACAUUUCAGAAACAGAUGAAGAAGAUGAUUUUAUGUGUAAGAAAGCAGCCUCUAAAUCGAAAGAGAAUGGAGGAUCUACAAAUAGUUAUCUUGGAGCAUCAAACAUGAAAAAGAAUGAAGAAAACACUAAGACCAAGAAUAAACCUUUAUCACCAAUAAAACUUACCCCCACGUCAGUGCUUGAUUAUUUUGGAACUGGAAGUGUCCAAAGAUCAGAUAAGAAGAUGGUAGCAAGCAAAAGAAAAGAGCCUUCACAAAACGCAGAUGAUUCCAGAUUAAAUGAUGAAGCCAUUGCCAAGCAAAUGCAACUUGAUGAGGAUGCAGAGCUGGAGAGACAGCUGCAUGAAGAUGAAGAGUUUGCCAGAACUUUAGCCAUGUUGGACGAAGAACCCAAGACCAAAAAGGCUCAGAAGGACCCAGGAGAGAGAGAAGCAUUUUCAUCUGUCCAAGCCAAUUUAAGUAAAGCAGGAAAACAUAAAUCUCCUCAUAAAGUAAAAACAGAACAAUUUUCAGAUGACAGAAAGAACUGCAGUCCCAAGAAGCAAACUAAAUGUGAAAGUUUGAUAGGAUCUCAGCAACAUUUGAAGUCGUCCCCUCACAAAAUAGGAGAAACUUCUCCAAAAGCCAGUUCCAAGGUGGCCCUUUUGAAAAAAAGGGGAGAGAGUUCUUAUAAAGAAACAGAGCCUAUGGCUUCAAAAAGAAAAGAAAAUGCUGUUGAAUUAAAAGGACAGACAAAAACUCCUAAGAAACCCAAAAGUUCUCCAGCUAAAAAAGAGUCUAUAAGUCCUGAAGAUUCUGAGAAGAGACGCACUAAUUAUCAAGCUUAUCGAAGCUACUUAAAUCGAGAAGGUCCCAAAGCUCUGGGCUCCAAAGAAAUACCGAAGGGAGCUGAAAAUUGCUUGGAAGGCCUUACAUUUGUAAUCACAGGAGUGCUGGAGUCCAUUGAACGAGAUGAGGCCAAGUCUCUAAUUGAGCGUUAUGGGGGAAAAGUAACAGGAAAUGUCAGCAAGAAAACAAACUACCUUGUCAUGGGUCGUGAUAGUGGACAGUCCAAGAGUGAUAAGGCAGCAGCUUUGGGGACAAAUAUUAUUGAUGAAGAUGGCCUGUUGAAUCUGAUUCGAACUAUGCCAGGCAAGAAGUCUAAGUAUGAAAUAGCAGUUGAAGCUGAGAUGAAGAAAGAAAAGUCCAAAUUGGAAAGAACACCUCAAAAAAAAGACCAAGGAAAAAGAAAAAUUAGCCCAACUAAGAAGGAAUCAGAAUCCAAAAAAAGCAGACUGACUCCCAAAAAGGACAGCACUACAAAGUCUCCAAAAAAGGGAACAGGUGUGUUUUGGAGAUGCCUGGACUUCGAGGAGCAGGUGGCUGAGGAGACAGACGGUGACAGCCAGGCUAGGAAUUUGGCUGAUGACAGCAGUGAAAAAAACAAAGUGGAACAUUUGCUCUGGGUGGAUAAAUACAAGCCAACCUCGCUCAAGACCAUAAUCGGACAGCAAGGUGACCAGAGCUGCACCAACAAACUCCUCCGCUGGCUCCAGAACUGGCACAGGAGUCCGUCCGCGGAUACGAAACGCGCAGCAAAGUUCGGUAAAUUUGCUGGCAAAGAUGAUGGCUCUAGUUUUAAAGCAGCGCUGCUCUCAGGCCCUCCAGGUGUUGGCAAGACAACCACAGCUUCUCUGGUUUGUCAGGAAUUGGGAUAUAGCUACGUGGAACUGAAUGCAAGUGACACUCGGAGUAAGAACAGUUUGAAGGAGAUUGUUGCUGAAUCACUGAAUAAUACCAGCAUCACAGGCUUUUAUUCAACUUCUCAGCACGGGUCAGGCGGAACAGCCCAUUCAUUAAGCACGAAACAUGCUCUCAUCAUGGAUGAAGUAGAUGGCAUGGCAGGCAAUGAGGACAGGGGAGGAAUUCAGGAAUUAAUUGGUCUGAUAAAACAUACAAAAAUUCCCAUUAUUUGUAUGUGCAAUGAUAGAAAUCAUCCCAAGAUUCGCUCUUUGGUUCAUUAUUGUUUUGAUCUUCGUUUUCAAAGACCUCGAGUUGAACAGAUUAAGGGUGCUAUGAUGUCUAUUGCAUUUAAAGAGGGUUUGAAGAUCCCCCCUCCGGCUAUGAAUGAAAUAAUUUUGGGAGCCAAUCAAGAUAUCAGACAGGUUUUACACAAUCUGAGUAUGUGGUGUGCACGAAGUAAGGCCCUAACCUAUGACCAGGCCAAGGCUGAUUCUCAUAGAGCCAAGAAGGAUAUCAGACUGGGCCCAUUUGAUGUUGCCCGGAAAGUGUUUGCAGCUGGAGAGGAGACCGCUCAUAUGUCACUUAUGGACAAGUCAGAUCUCUUCUUUCAUGAUUAUUCGAUAGCACCCCUCUUUGUCCAGGAGAACUACGUACACGUGAAGCCUGUGGCUGCAGGGGGAGACAUGAAAAAGCACUUGAUGCUUUUAAGCAGAGCAGCAGACAGCAUAUGUGAUGGUGAUCUAGUGGACCGUCAGAUCCGGAGUAAACAGAACUGGAGUCUCCUGCCCACGCAGGCCAUUUAUGCCAGUGUUCUUCCUGGAGAGUUAAUGAGGGGGUACAUGACUCAGUUUCCAACCUUCCCAAGCUGGUUGGGGAGGCACUCAUCUACCGGCAAACACGAUCGUAUUGUGCAGGACCUAGCACUUCACAUGAGUCUCAGGACUUACUCCAGCAAAAGGACUGUAAACAUGGAUUACCUGUCCCAUAUGAGGGAUGCACUUGUACAGCCCUUGACCUCACAAGGGGUAGAAGGAGUACAGGAUGUCAUUGCUCUUAUGGACGCCUACUACUUGAUGAAAGAAGACUUUGAGAAUAUCAUGGAAAUGAGCAGCUGGGGAGGCAAACCUAGUCCCUUCUCCAAGCUGGAUCCCAAGGUGAAAGCAGCCUUCACGAGAACUUAUAAUAAGGAAGUCCACCUCACUCCAUAUUCCCUUCAGGCUGUAAAGACACCCAGACACAGCACAGGCCCCGCGCUGGAUUCUGAAUACAGUGAAGAGUUAAAUGAAGAUGACUCUCAAUCUGAUGAGAAAGACCAAGACUCUAUGGAAACUGAUGCAAUGAUCAAGAAAAAGACAAAAUCUUCAAAGCCUUCAAAAUCAGAAAAAGAUAAGGAGUCCAGGAAAGGAAAAGGAAAAAGUUCAAAGAAAUGAAACUGUUUUCCACUACUGACAGCCACUUUUUACUUGCCCCGUUGACCAGUCUAGCUUGUCUAGAUAAUGCCUUGUUUUUUCCAAAGGAAUCAUAUUUUAGCAUAAUGGGGCAACUCCGUGGUCCCAUUAUAAAUAAAUGGUGGUACAGCUAGAGGGAUGUAACCAGUAGGCUAACAUACGCCUCUUAUAGAGGUUGAUAGGACUGCUUGGGUCCUCCACUGUCCCCUGUCAAUCUAAUUAGAUUGUGCUUCAGAUUGUGUAUAAUCAGAAACUACAUGUGGGCUUUGGAGUCAGAUUUUAGGUAACAGUAAUAUGCCUGGGAACUUUGGUACUAAGGCGACUUUUGUAGGCUUAAGAAUUGAUCCUAAUGGCCUUUAUAGGACCAAUGCCGAUUUUUUUUUAAAAAGGUAGUUACUAUGAUGUGGUGAAAUUUUGUAAAUAAAUCAUAAUACAAAACAGUCACCACCUAGAGCUGGUAUUCUUUGUAUAUUGUCAGAUAUCAUACAAAAUAUAAAUUAGGAAUAAAAAUGUUCCACGCGACAUAUGUGCAAAUUCUUAAAAUGUCAUCUUGUACAGUAAAAUAAUAUGUUGGUAUAUUACAUUCCUUAUUAGUUUGCAAAUGAUUGGGUAAAAAGCUAACUCUGUUCCUCACUAACCAGCUGUGUGAAGCAGAACUUCGGCAGUUGGACAGUCAGAACUCUCAUUCCUAAUCUGAGUACCUCUGUGAGUGUCAGCGGGAUCUCUUUCAUGAACAGCAUGUCAUGGAGAGGCCCCUGUGGCAUCACUGGAGGGGAUGGGUGACUGUAAGCCACAUUUUCAGCCUUCCAGAGUCUCAGCUCAUCAGGUUUAAGUCAGUAGGGUGUAGGCCGGGUCAGGAUCUCAGUCUCACUCUGCCUUGGGACAAAAUGAAUGCUGGCUUUCGUUACUUUUCCUCUGGGAGCUCUGGUUCUGCCCUUUGAGCGAUUGUACAGAUCAUACUGGAAUUUUGGAUGGUCCCUGUAACUGUACUUGCAGAGUGGCUCUGAGGCCGUGGAAGUAGCCUGGAGUUUAGUUGUCUAGCUCUUUUGGAAUUUUGUCAGUAAAUGCUCAGAGGUAUGUGCUAAAAGGCAUGUAAAAUUCGGAUACUAUUUCCUCCCUUUGAGUAAUUGACAGUCUUGUUUGGGAGGUGAGACAUAAAGUUCUUGAGACAUUUAAAGUGUAUUUACGAGUGUGAAAAAUGUCUUUCCUGUAGCCUGACUUCAUUAUGGAAAUUAAACAUUGCCUUUGGCCUUGUCCCUCUCUGUCAAAGCCCAGCUUGGAACUUCUGCUUCAGUGAAGAGCUCCUCGAUUGAUGACUAACUCACCUCACCAGUGGGGUGAGCAUGGCUUGCUUUCACACAUUCUUCUAUUUCUAUUGCUUUCUGAUAUGAAAGUCAUGCUGCCUACUUGUUUUUUUCUCCCCAAGAAAGGGUGUAAGCUCCUUGCAGCCAGAGCAAUGAGUAUGAAUUUACUUGUAAAUUAUGAUUUUGUUAUUCUAAAUGCUCUAUGAUUGGCAUAAUCAGUGUAUGAGAUAAAUAACUUUUAGAACUAGAGAUUAUAAACCUGCUCUUUAAAAUAGGAGGACAACAUGGAUCUGCUGGAGCUUUGUGAUGCUACGUGGCUUUGCAGAAUAAAACUGCAUACUUCUUUUGAGAUCUGUUGUGUCUUGGCCAUGUUGGAAGCUGUAACAAACUACUGUGCCUUCUCCUUCAUCCUGUUAAGUGUUUGCGGUCCAUUACUGCAGCAACAUUAUUGGCCUCUUGAAGUUAUUAACAAGGAGCAGUAUUGUUGUAUCUUCCUAAAUAAGUUCUGGGGUAAUUAUUGCUUAUCAGUGAAUGUUUAAAGCCUUUAACUCUCCAACUAUGGUGUGCUUUACUCACUCAAAUCCCACAGUGCCUUUGGCUCUUAUUCCUAUAACUUUACAACAUCCUUCCAGUGAAAAUAGGAAAACAAGAGGAUGAUGGGUGAGUUUAAUGACAGUGACUUGUAUCACUUAUUCUUUAUCCAGGCUUUGCAGGACGAUCAGAUCAUAAAGUUGGAGGCAUCAUGUAUGUGGAUGCUUGGAUACAGGAAGACAUGAUUGUCACUUAGGUACUAAUACCGUAGGCUGGCAGGUACACUUGUAAUACUCAGGAUGCUGGUGGCUAUACGGUAAGAUCCUAUCAUCUGAAACAUUCAAAUUUAGGCUCUCGGACUAACUGUCAGCUGCCCAGACUUUGGAGACAUUGGCUUUGGAUGACAAGGAAGCAUAUACUGAUGCAGGAAAAAUAUGAGGUGUGUGUGAUACGGGGAAGAUUUUGAAAAAUGUAUGUCUUCAGGAGCAGUCAGAUGAUUUAAUUUUGUGAAAGGAAUUAACAACACAGGAGAUAAAAGCUUACGGUUUAUAGUUUCAUUCUUUUAAAUUGGUGUUUUUAUUCUAGGAUUGAUUACACUAAACUUCUCAUUUCAGACUUUUAAGUGUUAAUGUCUCUGCUGCCUGAACUUCACAAUGCUAUCUCCCUUUAAAUCCAGGAAAAACAUUACAAAUAUCUAAUGAACGAUUUUAUUUUAAAGGAGACACUUCAAAAUAUAAAAGUUAUCAAAAAGUUGAAUAUUUACAGUUACAUCAUAGGCUACUAUUAACAGUGCAGAGCAUAUAAUACGUAACUUGAAGAGGAACUCUAUGAAGUAUAAUAAACAGCAAGGUUACAUGUCACUAUUUUGCCAUUCUACAAUGGCAACUGUACAAUGUCUGUGACCUGAAGAGUCUUUCUUUUUUCUGUAUCCAGAAACCACCAGGGGUAGAAACUUCACCUCCCAUGGAAAAGUGGUAUCUUUUCAGGAACAUUAUAUCUAGAAAAGACAAACCCCACAUCUUUAGAAGUGUUUCAAAUGACUGGCAUGCACUAAUAAAGCCAAGCUAUGCUACAAAAAUUUUUGCUUAUUUCUGGAAUGUGGAGCAAUGACUAUUCAAGUUAGAAACCUCCAGUCUAUAAUCAGUAUUGAGUUUAAAUCUUGGCUUUGACUAAAAGUGUACAGGCAAACUGUUGAACUACUAUAAAGUGAGGGUGAUGAUAAUAGUCACUUUACUGGGAAGAAUGGGAAAAUGCAGGAAAAGAAUGGGAAAGUGCUCAGCAAUCUGUGAAGAUUUUCCUGAAACUGAAUGGUCAUUAAUGGUUCCUUAUCUAAAAGGAGUCAGUGAGGGGCACCUGGGUGGCUCAAUUGUUAAGCCUCUGCCUUCAGCUCAGGUCAUGAUCUCAGGGUCCUGGGAUUGAGCCCCGCAUCAGGCUCCCUGCUCAGCAGGAAGCCUGUUUCCUCCCCCUCUCACUCCCCCACACUUGUGUUCCCACUCUCACUUGUGUCUCUCUCUGUCCAAAAAAAAAAAAAAAAAAAAAAAAAAUCUUAAAAAUAAGAUAAAAGGAGUCAGUGAACAGUAGCCUCAACCACUAUUCAUUGUUCAAUAAGACAUUUAUAGUGACUUUUUCAAAAGAUGGCGCAUAAUCAUAAUUUACCGGAGCAUAUCUGCAAGUAUAUAGGAACCGUGGGAUUAAGCCUCUACUUUAAUACAGGGAUAGUGUUUGGAGAGAGUCUAUGUAGGAUUAUUAAAAACAUAAGAUUCUCCUUUGGCAGAAUUGUAGAUUAUCCUCCUGCAGAUAAUAGUUACAAACUCGGGACAAAAUACAACUAUUCAAAGGUAUUAGAAGAGCAACCAAAAGCUGGCAGAAAUUGGGAAGGUGUCAAUUCUUGAAAGAAGAGAAGUCCAUUGGGUAAGAUUCAUCUUCCUGUGCGUUUGACCUGAGGGUAAGUCCAUAAGGACAGAGAAGUCAUAGUCUUCCUAGCUCAAAGAGUCAGAGAAUAGAGUUUGGGCCUGGUGGAACUACUGAAGUGAAAGGGAUAAUACCCUGAGAAAAGGGCACUGCCCCCCAAAUCUGCAUAUGCACUCCAUGUAAACCCUUGAACUUCACAGGCUUGGAAGAGACUUUUAUGCUGGACUGGAAGCACAGUUCCAUGUUGAAAGGAAUGCCAGGUGUUAGAACACUGAGGGCAGCUUCUAGGAUUCAAGGGCUUCAGUACUCCGAUGGUAAGAAUGGAAUUCCACCAACAAACACGCUGGACAAAAGUCUCACAUUGGACUGCAGGUCCAACCAACUGCAGCCUUGUGAGAUCCUGAACAGAAGACUCUGCUAAGCCGUGCCUGUAUUACUGAUUCACAGAAAUUGUGAGAUAGGUUCUGGUUCAAGAUGGCAAUGCAGGAAGAUCCUGAACUACCUCUUCCCAUGGACACAGUGCAUCUACAGCUGCAUAUGGAACAAGAUCCUAGAAACUAGCUAAGUAACUCCUGCACAUCAGGUGAACAAGAAAAAAUCCACAGCAAAAUGGGUAGGAGAGGGUGAGAAAAUCUUGCUGUAAACCCCACCCCAGCAUGAUGACACACAACCAGGAGGGAAUUCAAUAGGUUCUACCUUCUCCCUGAGGAGUAGAGUUUGGACCCCACAUUUGGUGCCCUGACUUUUAAGACUUCCACCUGAGAGAUGGGCCUCCAAAAUCUCUAGCUUUAAAAGGCAACAGGACCCAUAUCCACAAGAACUAAAAGGAUAUGGCAAACUAAAAAACAGUUCAAAAUGAGAUCACAUGGACCCAUCGUGGCUAAUCCCCCAGGGCCCAGAUCAGAGGCAGCAGAGUGGAAUGCACCCUGUCUGUGAAAAAGGCCUAUUGUCUUAAAAGCUUUGGCCUGAGGCAGGGUCCUAAUUUAACAUAUAUUUAGGGGCCAACUGCAACACUCUGCUGAGACUGUGGAGGCUAGCAAGCACCAUCUUUGUGUUCUUUCUCUGCCUUGUGCCAGGUGGCCAAUAUCUCUCAAAAAGGAGCUUAUGCACAAGUCUGGUACUCUAGUUUCUGCUGCUACUCAAGGGACACCCGAUAAUCACCUAGCUCUGGUGGCCAGCAGAGCUUUACAUUUGCAAUUCCUAAUUAGAUUGUAACAAACAGAAACCAUUCUUAACCAGCUAGUCUUUCAGUGCUUAAUGCAGAAGCAGCAGACAGAAAUGCCCAGUCUUUAUGACAUAAAGAGGCUUAUUUGCUUAACUGUGGCCUGAAGGUUCAGCUUUCAAUCAGUCUGCAUCUAGGUGCUGACUGAGAUUUCCCCCUUAAGGAUACCGACACGUCUUGGUAUACCCUCAACUAACUGGGAGCAACAAAGAAAGAAGAACCAGGGCAGUGUUGAAUGGUUAGGCUCGGAGAGGUGGCUGUUUUAGCUAAUGCUUAGAAACCAACACAGAGUCAAUGAAAAUGAGGAAAUAGAAGAAUAUGUUCCAAACAAAAAAACUGGUAAAACCUCAGAAAAAGACCUUAACAAAAUGGAGAUAAGUGAUUUACAUGAUAAAGAGUUUACAAUAAUGGUCAUAAAAACAAUUCAUGAACAAAGUGAAGAAAGUACUAAACAAAUCACAGACUCAAAUACAACUACUGAACUGGAUAAUACAGUAAAAAGGUUCAAUAGCAGGCUAAAUGAACAGAAAGGAUCAAUGAAUCUGAACACAGGCCCAUGGAACUCAUCAGCACAGCAAAAAGAGAAAAGCAUGAAAAAAAGUGAUUAUCAUUUAAAGGAUUUAUGGGAUAACAUCAACCAAUAUUCACAAUAUAAGGGUCCCAAAAGAGAGGAGAAAGUCUGAAAACUUGGGGAAGGAAACAGAUAACCAGAUCCAGGAAACCCAGAGUUCCCAGACAAGAUGAACCCAGAGACCCACACCAAGACACGUUUAUAAUUAAAUUGCUAAAAGCUAAAGGAGAGAAGCCACUUGUUACAUACAAGGGAACCCCUGUAAGAUCAUCAGCAACUUUUUCAGUAGAAACCUUUGCAGACUAGAAGACAGUGGCAUGACCUAUUCAAACUGCUGUGAAAGAAAUGUGAAACAAGAGUAUUCUACCAGGCAGUAUUGUCUGUUGGAACUGAAAGAGAGUUUUCCAGACAAAGAAGAGCUAAAGGAAUUCAUCACAGUUAGACCAGCCUUACAGGAAAUGUUAAAGGUGGUUUAAGCUGGAAGUGCUGGUUAAUAGAGGAAGACAUACAAAAGUUACAAAUCUGAAUGUUUAAAGGUUAAUAUCUUAAUUCAGAAUAAUCUUGUAAUGGUGGUGGGUUAAUCACUUACAAAAGUAGUAAAAAUAACCAUCAUGACAAUAAUUUAAUGGACACUCAAGAUGCAGAGAUACAAACUAUGACAUCAAAAACAGAACGGGGGAUAAAAAUGUAGAGCCUCAGAAUUUGUUAUCAACUUAAAAUAGGUUUAACAUAAUCCUCAUGGUAUCCACAAAACAAAAAUCUACAGUAGAUACACAAAGGAUAAAAGGAAUCUAAGCAUACCACUAGGGAAAGUCAUUUAAAUCAUAAAGAGAGCAAGAGAAGAAGGAAAGAACAAUGGACUUACUCCCAUUUUUAUUGUUUUCUGGCUAUUUUGUAAGUCCCUAUCUGUCGAUAAUUACUUUAUAUGCAAACUGGCUAAAAUCCUCUGAUCAAGAAUGGCUGAAUGGAUUAA